AUGAUGAAUGAAACAUCGUUUAUAGACGAAAAAUGGUUUAAUGAAACUCAAUCUGGUAGUGUAGGUGCAGCUUUAUUCAUUAUAUGUUACAUUGGUUUUUACGGAUUCAUUCUAAUAUCAUUUUUCGUUCAACAAUUAAAAGAAACUCAAAAACAACGUGCUGAUUUACCAUCAUAUGUCUUAAAAACACUUUGGGAUAUACCAAGUAAAAAUAAACUUUAUGAGGAAUUAGCUGAUGUCGAGCGUUUAAAACGAAUAUUUCAUGGUUAUUUUUUGGAUCAUGAAUCACAUACGAAAACAACAAACGAAGAACUUCAAACUAUGGUUGACAAACGUGCAUGUGAAUGUGCUUCAAAAUAUCGAGAAAAAUUACGACGUCUUCAUUUAUCACAUGUAGACUAUUAUACAGAUACAAUUCCAAGUUUGUCUCGUCUUAGUAAUGAUGUUCAAGAACAAGCUUUGCAAUCAAUGACACCAACGCAUACAAUUAGUACGAAAACAAGUAUUGAUUCUUCUAAACAAGACGAUUCUGACACUCAUGUUUUCUCUAUAUCCGUAGUUUGA